AUGAACCAGUUUAACCGGACAAUACACAGAAAGCUGAUUAUCGGAGUCCUUCUAUGCGGCGGCGUUUUCGUCAUGAUCGCAACGCUCCUCCGCUGUAUUCUCUCGCUACAGAGUAUCAACAGCAUCAACACCAGUACCAUCUGGGCCAUUCGCGAAACGUUCGUCGGUAUCAUCGCCGUCAACGCCCCCUGCAUCAAACCGCUCUUCAGCACCUCAACCUGGCUCGGGUCCUCGGAGGACCCGUAUUCAUCCUCGCGAAAGAAGGGUAGCUACAGUCUGUCGGUUUUCGGGAAGUCGAAGCCUAGUCAUCUGGAGUCAACGAAGAGUACGAAAAUGGGCGGGCGAUCCAGCGAUGAGUUCAUCCUACAUGGCGGGGGAACUCGUACAUUUGUCAAUGACGGCCAGACAGGGCGGUCCUCGAGCCUGUCAGAUGAGGAGGCAGGAAGGCACCCAAUGGGAGGUAUCCAGGUUACCACGAUGUAUGAGAUUAGGAGGGAUGGGUCUCGACAUGGCUGA